CGCACCCCGACUUUCGGGCGGGACUUCCUUUCUCUUGCGGAUGCGAUAUUAGGGUGAGCAGGCAGAAACAGGGCUUUGUCGGGGUGUCACUGGUGUAUCCCUAUCCCUAUCCGUGCGGCUCUGGACAGCAAAUAACCGUGCUGACGACGCCGCUGCCGACCCCUCGCAGAUGAACCUCCUCCCCGGCUAUGCUGCCCUGAGAGCUCCGCGAGUAUCCGCCUCGGCAACAUGUCUGAUGUCAACAAGACUAUUCAGAAAUGGCACGCCAGUUUUAGGAAAGGCACAGACUUUGACUCGUGGGGACAAUUAGUGGAGGCUAUAGAUGAGUACCAAAUUUUAGCGAGACAACUACAAAAAGAGGUCCAGUCAACAAAUUCAUCAGAAUUCACAGAGGAGCAGAAGAAAACUUUAGGAAAGAUUGCAACAUGCCUGGAGAUGAGAAGUGCCAGUUUGCAGUGCACACAGUCAAAAGAGGACUUCAAGUUAGAAGAGCUGAAGAAACUGGAAACCAUAAUUCAAAAUAUUCUGACCUACAACAAAGAGUUUCCCUUUGAUGUACAGCCAGUGCCCUUGAGGAAAAUCCUGGCUCCAGGUGAAGAGGAGAACCUGGAGGUGGAGGAGGAGGAGGAGGAUGCUGCAGCAGGAGCAGGAUCUACAGAAGCGUUCCCCCCGAGAGCCACCGCUUCGCAAGGUACCUUGUUGCCGCGGUUACCGUCAGAGCCUGGGAUGACACUACUUACACUAAAGAUCGAAAAAAUUGGGUUGAAGGAUGCAGGGCAGUGCAUCGAUCCGUACAUGACCAUUAGUGUCAAAGAUUUGAACGGCGUCGAUGUGAACCCAAUGCAGGACACACCGGUGGCCUCCAGGAAGGAAGAUACCUACAUCCACUUUAGUGUGGACGUGGAGAUCCAGAGACACGUGGAGAAAUUACCAAAAGGAGCAGCUAUCUUCUUUGAAUUCAAGCACUACAAACCUAAAAAGAGGUUUACCAGCACUAAAUGUUUUGCCUUCAUGGAAAUGGACGAGAUCAAACCCGGCCCUAUGGUCAUCGAACUGUACAAGAAGCCCACAGACUUCAAGAGGAAGAAACUGCAGCUUCUAACAAAGAAACAACUCUAUCUCCAUCUUCAUCAGACAUUACACAAGGACAGCUAAGUCGAGCACCACGCCCUGAACUUUGAACCAACUCUUUUUAAUCUCUCUCUCUCUCUCUCUCACUUCCACAUCCAGCAAAAUGUGGUGUUCCACCUCGUAACAUCCAGCAAUACUAAAAAUCACGGUUGUAGUCUUUUUUUUUUUUUUUUUUUCUCAAUUAGUUUAUAAAGAAAGUGAAGGGAGUCAAACAUUUGUAACAUCAACUCAGGCUUUUGUAUCUGUUGAUUGCAUGGUUGUCAAGUGCAUAUCCCUUCUGUUGCAGGAAACCCUGCUCCAAAAACUCCAAAUGUAUUCAGUUUGUUUCGACUAGUUGGAGAUACAGGGUUUCACAGAU